AUGGAGCACCUGGAUAUAACGCCGCGGCUGGCCGAUUUCCGCGCCGCAACUGGGGACCGGAUCUCCAGUUUGUUAAGAUUUGUGUUCAAGCCGCUAUUCUGGAUGGCCCAGGGCUUUGCAUUCCUGGCAAUGCUCGUCAGGAAUGCCUUUAGCCGCAUGGUUCCAUAUGUCUCGUCCCCAAUGUUUGCAACAUCCAUCCUGCUGUUUAUUGUAUUCAACCGAAUGCUUGCGUUUGCUAACCCAAGGGAGCCCAUCGUUCUCUCGUGGAAAAAGCUGCUAAUUCUUCGAGGCACCGCAAUUGCUAUUCUGGGGUACCCGGCGAGCUAUUUGUGGGAGAUAUUCCAGGGCCAGCCUGUCGAUACAAAGUGGUUUUAUGAAAAAAUGAACUAUGCGGUUAUAAUGAGCUCCGCAAUUGAGUUAUUCUCGGGGUUGCUCGAAGGUAAAAUGCCUAUUUCUGACUGGGGCUACUCCCAGCCUGAGCUGUCGGGCAUUUUUCAGGAGAUUAUUUCGGAGUCUGCGCCGGGGCUGAGCCCUUUCUCUGGCCAGAUGGCAUGCUUUACUGCUCUUGUUCUAGUUUCGCAAGCUUUGUCGCAUGUGAUUGGGCUUUUCAGACUCCAGCGAUACCAGCUCAUUCCAUCGACCAUUAUGGGGGUGUGCUUCAUAGCGUAUUUUCUGAAUUCGCAGCUCAACACUGGCCCGCUCAAAAGUGGAUUCAUUUAUACCGCGGUAUCCUAUGUCCGUUUUGGAACCCAAAUCAUCAUGCUAGCUGUCAGUGCUAUCUGCUGGUCGAUUUAUUGGGUUGCGGUGGCAUUUGUUGGCGAUAGAUCAAAAAUGGUUGCAAAACGAAGCUUUAUUGUGAGGCUGUCGAGCACUUUUUAUGAACUUGUGCUAACGAUAGGCUAUGGUGCACUGGCAGCUUCUGUCGACAAAACAUACCUUCACGAAGCUGCCAGUAUGAACUGGCCCCUAGCAACCUGGCUUGACAAAAUUUAUGCGAACGAUAAAAACAAAAUCAGAGCUACCGCACCAGAUGGAUCGGUUAUGGUUCUUCAUGGUAACCCCUCCAAUCCAUAUGCACAUGAAGUACGGGACGCCCCUCGAACUGAUCGGGAAAAUAUAAAACUCGAGCAAGCUCGGUUUGCUCAGAUAGGUUAUCCGACUGUCAAAUGGAUAAAAUCAGCCCACCAAUUCGCAAAAGCAUUGGCAACUGUUAUUUAUUUACGAGUUCGUGAUUUGAUUCGCUCUGUGCCAAGUCGCCCAGUAGACGCUGCUCCUCCGCCUACGCUGGUGCUCUGCGACCGCAUAUACAAAUCACUUGAUUCAGACCCAUCCAGUGCAUACUACGGCCUUUUGUCCGGAGCUACUUUACCUGAAGUCGACGAUAGUGCAGAUUUUGUACCAAGUGACGAGUUUACAGAUGCCAGUGACUCCGGAAUUGAUGACUCUGGUGAUGAUUAUGAUGAUGAUAUUUCUAUGUGUGCGGAAAAUAUUCUAGGAAGCACCCACUCUGAUCACGGUGUAGAGCUUGUCUUCGCGCAUAUGAACAGCGAGCGCGUGAUUACUCGGCAAUCUUACCUAGGGUCUCUAGACCCCGAUCGAGAGCUAGUGAAGGUGAUUUCUGAGCUACGGCGGGGUGCUGAUAUGACCAAAUGUACAAUUUGUCUUGAGAAUCCUCGACAAGUUGUCCUGUGGCCUUGCAGGUGCUUGGCCCUCUGUGACGAGUGUCGCUUAACGCUCUCUGCAAGGCGAUUCAAAAACUGUGUAUGUUGCCAACAACGCGUUCACUCCUAUUCCAAAGUAUAUUUGCCGUGA